ACUCAGUAAUCGAGAGAAAAGCGAGAGAACGUGACGGCGAGGAAGAAGAAGGGAGAAUGUGGUUCACCGGCGGCGGAGGAGGAGGACUGAGGAAGCUCUGUAGAGCCUCGGCGACUGUUUUCGAGAACGAGAUGAGUUGUAACUCUCUGCUAGUGAGAUACAUGUCGAGAGAGCGAGCUGUGAACGUAAGGAAGAUAAACCCAAAGGUCUCGAUCCAAGAAGCUCACAUCAUCUCCAGCUCUCUCUACGAAGUCUUCAAGAAACACGGACCUCUCUCCGUUCCCAACACUUGGCUCCGCGCUCAGGAAGCUGGGGUAAGUGGAUUGAACAGCAAGACUCAUAUGAAGCUGAUGUUGAAAUGGAUGAGAGGGAGGAAGAUGCUCAAGUUAAUCUGCAACCAAGUUGGUUCCUCCAAGAAGUUCUUUCACACCGUUUUACCUGACGAUGAUAUUCAACAAGAGACACCACUUGCUGCAACUCCUGCUGCCACCGAGAACAAAAAGCAAACCUCCAAGAGAAGAAGCAAAUAAAAGAUUGUUAUUUGCCUUUCCCAUGAUGAACCGUGUGAGCAAAUCUGUGUGGACAAUCUCUUGUUUUGAUCUGUUUUUAGUUUCAGAGAAAACAUUAUAGUUUGCUCUGGUGUAGAAAGUAUGUGGGCUUCUCUGUUUCCUUUGAAUAAAAGAAACAACAGUUUACAUUGCA